AUGGCCAACCGCAGACUAGGCUUUCUGCUACGGCUGCUGCUCACCGUCCACCCUGGAUCCUCGAAGGCCCAGCACUGGUCCCAUGGCUGGUACCCUGGAGGAAAACGAGCUUCCAGCUCAGCCCACCACCCCCAGCAGGUCCCAAGGCUCCUAGGACGGGUCCUGGGCCCCGCAGCAAGUAGCCCAGACCAGACUGCCCAAACUCUCCCAAGCGACGCCCUGGCUCCCCUUGAGAAGAGUGUGCCCUGGGAGGGCAGAACCACAGGCUGGUGGCCCCUCCAUGGGAAGCAGCACCUGGUGCAGACACUGCUGGAAGCUACAGAGCCCGCAGCUGGGUCGUCUAGCUGGCAGGGGCAUCAGUCUGGCGGCAGCGUCAUCCCCCGCAAAACCAGAUUGGGAGGGAUGGGGGCGGACAAGGUCGCAGCUGGGCUGCCAGGUGACCACGGCAUCAGCUGGCAAGACGAACCCCUCCCCCCUGCAGAACGGACGUAA